AUGGCGACUUUUUUAGGAUCAAUGGAAGAGAUGAAGAGAGUGUUUAACAAGCUCGACAAAAACGGCGACGGAAUGAUCUGUCGCGACGAAUUGAAAUUGGCCUUAAGCACUUUAGAUUCCGAAUCCUCUUCCGACGAAAUCGAUAAGAUAAUGAUGGAGAUGGACAAAGACGGAAAUGGCUAUAUCGAUCUGGACGAGUUCAUCGCUUUUGAUGGAAUCGCUGGAGAUGAAAACCAGAUGAGCAGCAAAGAACUGAAAGAUGCGUUCAACUUGUACGAUCUGGACAAGAACGGGUUGAUUUCGGCCAGCGAGUUGCACGCUGUGUUGAAAAAGUUGGGGGAGCAAUUUUCGUUGAGCCAUUGUCAAAGAAUGAUUAGUAAGUUCGAUGAAAAUGGCGAUGGCAACGUUGAUUUCCAAGAGUUUAAGAAGAUGAUGAUGACUAAUGCUUAAAAAAAGGUUAGGGUUUUACCGUUUUACACGUUUU